AUGAGGAUAAUUAAGAGAGGACUCACCUUUUUCUAUCUGCUACUGUUAGUAGUAAUGGAUGUGUCAUUAGCAGUUGACCAGUCCGCCUGCCAACUCUCUUUCCCAGAGAUGACCAAUGCAUCAGAGGAAAGCCAUGCAAAUGUGACGGAAUCUGUUGUCCAAAAUUGUGAUAUCUAUAGCAAUAUCUUUGGCAUUAUGGAAGAGUUGAAUAUCAUUGCCUUUAAAAAAACUUCUUGUUACACUAUGAAAUGGAUUUCUAGAAAAGUAGCCAGCAAGUCAUCAGAUCGCUCCCGAGGCAUUACCAUUACAUUCCAAAUUGAGGAACAUUUUGAUAGUAACUUGAAGAUAGAUAGUGCAUCUAGUCAAGGCUUUUCAGAAAUGAAAUCUGCAGAUAGCGUUACCACAACAGUAUGUCAUUCCUUAGCCAUGCAACCAAGAUUUAAGGGUCAACAGUCAAUGGCAAUGGUACAUGUGAAUAACACUGGAGAAAAUGAUGAUAACUCAAACAUAACCGGGAUCCUGGUACCGACCCAGAACAACGGAAACAACAGGAAGGAACAUGGACUGAGUCAUACCCAGGUUGUUGUCAUAGCAACAUGUUCUGCCGUUAUUGGAACUUUUUUUAUCGUGGCUGCAGUAUUGAGAAUAAGAAAUUACAUAAAGCGUUGGAGGGAGCAACAGGUCGUAGCACCACCUGACUAUCAUCCUUGUCUGGGUCGGGCUCCAUCGGUACCAUCAAAGGAGACUCAGGAAAUUAGGACCAAAGAUCCCAACACCAACAAGACCACAAGUAGGCAGAGCAGUUCAACAGUAAAGGGAGGUAAUCGUUAUUACCCUGUGAACAACCACGAGGCACCAAGUUCCCCAACUAUGUCACCAAAGCACUGUUUCCUAGACUCUAACCCAGUCCUGGUAGUGACUGCACCUUCCUCGAUUUCACCAUCACCCACUGACUCUCACGCCUCUAUACAGUUUAUUGAUGAGGAGGCGGACAAGGAUGUUUCGCCCAAGCCUUGUCCUGCUGCUGAUGUGCCAGUAGAGACUGAGGAUGCCUCUGUAAAGUCCCCAAGUCCUGUCAGUGAUUGCAGCAUCAGUAGUGAGGGUGAGGUUUGUAAUGAAGACAUUCCCAAACCUCAGGUGGCAGCACCAGUAACAACAGCACCUUCAAUACCUGUAGUUGCAGCACCAGUAACAUCAGCACCCUCUGUACCUGUAGUAGCAGCACCUAUGAUGGCAAUAGAAGCGUCCCCUGGUGUAGAACAGGAAAAACUCCUUGGAAAUAGAUCUGACAGCGUUAGCAAAAACCCUGUUGUUCCCAGUCAAGAUCUCAAUAAUAUGAUGUCAUUUGACACUUCACCAACGGAUGCAUCAUCACCCAGUGAUGUUGAAAUGAUAUCACCUGAAUUGCUUUUUGUAACAGCGGGACUUACUCAGUCAGAUGAAAGCCUAUCCUGUUCCCAUAAUGCAUUUUACUCUUAUGGAAACCAGGUGGAAUAUUCUAAUUCAUUAUACAACACAGAGGAUUGUUACUUUGACAAUGAGGUAGACAUGGACACCUGUUCUACCACCCCGGAUGAUGAUUCAAAACAAAAUGGUUCCUCUGUGACAUCAGAAACAGGAAACAUGAUUUCAAAUGGAUUAGCAUCAGAUGAUCCUUCAUCAUCUUUGUCAUCGCCCCCUUCCUCCCCUCUGUCAGAAAAUACUAACAAUAAUACCCAGAAUAACAUAGACACAUGUGGUAAUCUCGUCAACAUGACAUCAUAUCCAGACAACCGUGAUGUCAUCAGACCAAACUCACUCAACCAUGAUACUCGAAUAUCAAAUGACAUUAUGAACAAUGGAGCGGUCCAAUCUCAAAUGAACAUGACAGGAAAUGUUUUAAUUUCCACAGAUGAUCACACAUGUGAAACGUAG